AGUCACGUGACUGAAUUUAGUCGAAUCUUAAAGAUGGCGACGGAAAGUGAUAGGAAGCGUAAAAGCGGCGAGAAAUUACGCCGUAAACCAGUGAAUUUGUACGAGUUAGCGGUGGAUUUGAUAGGUUUGGCAUUUGGCUUUUUCCAUUGGUGGCAUGUGUCGACGCUGUUCGAAAAUGACCGGCAUUUCUCGCAUCUGUCCGAAAUCGAGAGAGAAAUGUCCUUCCGCACGGAAAUGGGGAUGUAUUACUCGUAUUACAAGACUAUCGCGGAAUCGAAAACGUUCAUGGAUGGACUUAGAAAAAUCAGCCAUGAUAAUAUCUCGGAAUAUGGAAACAUUAUUAAUGCAGCUAGAAAGUAUAGCUUACUGCCAGAGUUGGUAGCUGGAUAUCUUUAUCAUUGUGCCAAGAAUCUGGGGAUUAUAUCCAUAGAGCAGUGUUGGCAAAUAGAAAGAGGAGAAGGUUUGCCACCAGUGACUAGUUGCGAGGGUCUUGGUGUUCCAGUUUAUUUUUACUUACAAAUCGUUUGGAUUUUUACUAUAUUUACGGCAGCUGUACUGUUCUACUAUGCUGCCUUCCUUGGUAAUAGUUUGAGUAGUGGAAUCAUAGCAGUGCUUCUAUUCUUUUAUAAUCAUAAUGAAUGUACUCGGGUCCAAUGGACUCCACCACUGAGAGAAAGUUUCGCAUACCCUGUAUUACUCUCUCAAAUGUAUAGGUUGACUCUGAUUAUUAGAGAGGGCACUUUGCAAGAUUCUCAGAAAGUGCCCAAAGAUUUACUUCAGAAAAUGGGUAUAGCAACGGUAAUUAGCUUAUGUUGCUGGCAAUUUUCACAUUUUGUACUCACCACGCAGGUCGUUGCUCUAUUGAUAUUAAAGUGGAUGAAAAUAAUCCCAAACGACCUUUACAGAUGUAUUUUUAAAGUUCAUGGUUGGUCAAUUUUAUUAGCAACCGGAAUCACAGAUGGUUUCCCUUUGCUGUAUUCUCUGUACUUCAACCUUUUACUCAUCAGUAACGUUGUAAGCUUAACGGAAAAGCUGACUCGUUUCAUGGGCAUAAAGCUCCAAACGAUUCUCGAGAUCGUUCUCACAAUUAUAUGCACGCUGUACUUAGAAUCGUUUUCCGCCUCGUUAUCCGAGGACAACGCGCACGUGUUCGACUUACUCAAAGCGAAACUGACCAGUUACAAAGACUUCCACACGAUGCUGUACACGUGCUCUCCCGAAUUCGAUUUCCUCCAAUACAGAAGCUUCGAAGCGAUCAUAAAAACGUUGCUUCUGCCAUCUGCUAUAUUGGCUGGAAUGCUGGCGGUCUAUUUCUGGUACAGAAAUUACAAAAUCAAAGGAUACCCUAAAUGCAUAGAGGCAGAUAUGGCUUACAACGGCCUGCAGACCGGAGCUUUCAUCAUCAUGGCAGUUUUCAUCAUGAGACUCAAGCUGUUCAUGAACCCCCAUCUCUGUAUAAUAGCCGGCACUGUUUGCGCGAAUAGAUACUUGGAAAAGCUUGGUUUGAAGAACGAGAUAACUAAGACUGCUCUUACUCUUCUAUUGAUAUCCGCGAUGUCUUAUCAUGGUUUAGAGAGACUGCAGGAAGAACGAAGUAUCAUAGGCGAGUACAGCGACAUCGAGCAAGAGGAACUGUUCGAGUGGAUCAAGAAGAACACGCCUGAACAUGCUGUGUUCGCCGGCAAGAUGUCUUUGAUGGCAAACUUAAUGCUCUCGACGGGAAGGCCUAUAGUCAAUAACCCUUACUACGAGAGCAAAGAGAUGAGAGAUCGGACGAUGAAAGUUUACGAGAUCUUCAGCAGAAAAGAUGUCACAUCCGUGUACUUCACUCUGAGGAAUCUUCACGUUGGAUACGUCGUGUUGGAGGAAUCGCUGUGCUUUGGUUUCGCAAACCUGCAAGCAGAGUGUCAGAUGAUCGAUCUGUGGGAUCUAGUAGACAAUGGAACCGCGAAGGCAGCUGGGAAACAACCCCUAUGUCCAAUCCUAUAUCGAGGAAACGCUUACCCCUUUAAAAGAGCCUUUGUAAAUAAUCGUUACGUUGUUUUGCAGCUCGAUUAUUCCUAUUACGUCGAGCUGAAACCGAAGACUUCCCUUAACUACCAAUCCUAAAGGUGUUCAAUCGACUGAUCAAAUGUGACAAAUCGAAGAUACCUCGCGAAACUGCAGAGAAUAUUUUUAGGCAAAUAUUUCAAGGGAGAGACAGUUCUGUAUGAUAUACAUAUAUAUUUUUCUUUUAAAAAAUAAUCGUCGAAGUGAGCCAAAGCAACUUUGUUAAACAGUUAGAAGUAAAAUACAAAUAAAAUGUUAACUA